UGGGAUUCUUCGGGGCUUUUUUUCUCUUACUCAGGACAUAUUGAGGAUACAAAAUCAGUUGAGUUUGCUUCUGUUGCAAUUUGUUCAAGGUUGACCCCCAUUUUGGCUUAAAAUCACUGGACUAUAAAUGAGCAACAACGACCACAAUUCACUCCUUCAGUCAGUGAAGCUCCCAUUCACGAGAGUUUAAAUGCUGGGAAAUAUUCCCAACUUCCCACAGGAGAAGAAGAAACAAGCCGGAGGAAUUACUCCAGGAGAAACUACAGACAUAAUUGUAAAGAUUGAGAUUAAGGAAGAACCCUGCAGAAUAAAAGAUGAAGAUACAGAGGAACAAAUAGGAGAAGAAGCAGCAGCAAGCAGGAGGAGUUACUCCAGAAGAAACUACAGACAUACUAUUGUAAAGAUGGAGAUUAAGGAAGAACCCUGCAGAAUAAAAGAUGAAGACACAGAGGAACAAAUAGACCUGAUGGAAGUGAAUGAAGACAAACUGCAUCAGUUUCAAAAAACGGAUCGUUUCACAAAUGAAGAUGGAAAUGCAGUCUUUUCAAAGACUGAAGAGAAUUUCACACAGAAACAAGCUGGAAAAUCUGGAGUCAGAGGAUUGUUAACCUGUUCUGAGUGUGGAAAGAGUUUCAAAUAUAAAUCAACCUUGAACUCACACAUGAAGAUUCAUACAGGAGAAACGCCUUAUACGUGUACUCAGUGUGGAAAGAGUUUCAGAUAUAAAGGACACCUAAAUGAUCACAUGAGAAUUCAUACUGGAGAAAACCCGUUCACAUGCUCUCAAUGUGGAAAGAGUUUCAGUAAGAAUUGUUCUCUCAAAGAUCAUCUGCGCCAUCACUCUGGAUUGAGAUCAUUAAGCUGUGACCAGUGUGAUAAAACUUUUUUUUUUGAAUCAGGCUUAAGAAGACACCUUAAAUGUCAUAGUGGUGUGAAGCCUCACUUUUGUUCUCUAUGUGGAAAGAGUUUUUCACAACUGCACAAUUUAAAAGAGCAUGAGCGUAUUCAUACUGGUGUGAGACCUUAUGUGUGCUUUGACUGUGGAAAGACCUUCACUUCAGCCAGCAACUUAAAAUUACACCAGAGACUUCAUACUGGAGAGAAACCAUACAAGUGUUCACACUGUGAGAAGAGUUUCUCUCAGUCAAGACACCUGAAAGAUCAUGAGAGAGUUCAUACCGGAGAGAAACCGCACCAGUGCUCUUCGUGUGAGAAGAGUUACAGCCAUUUAUAGUCUACAGAAACAUAAGAAAAAUGAUUGCCUGAAGAUGUCUAAGUGAGCAAAGGUCAUAACUUGUAAAUAGGCAAAAGAUGGAAUUACAUAUAGUAAUUUAAUCUAAAAUUAGUUUUGAAGUUUGAUUGUUUGACAAGGGGGAACCGAUUAAAAUGGUUGUGAACUGCAUUGAAAGUGUGUCACGUUUUGUUCU